AUGUUUCGAUUAAAGGAAUUACAAAAAAAGCAACAACAACAACAACAGCAACAACAAGCCCCACCAGUAAAUGGUACAGAAAAUGCUGCCCCAACCACAACCGAUCCAAAUGAAGUAAAGAGACAAAAUUCUAAUGAUUUGAAAGAAAUUAGAAAACAAAAAUCAAAAGAUAGCUACUUCACCUUAAAAUCUAAACAAUCAUCAGAAUCCUCAGGUAAAAGAGCUAACCCAGCAGAAUUAAGAGCUCAAAAAGAUAUUGAUGAAAUGCAAGUUCCACUUGGUUGCACUGUGUCAUUCAAAGAUAGCAAUGAUAUUUUAAAUUUCAACUUAACCAUUACACCAACUGAUGGUCUUUAUCAAGGUGCCCCAUUCCAAUUCACCAUUAACAUUCCAUCAACCUAUCCAUAUGAUCCACCAAAGGUUCACUGUGAUACCCUUGUAUAUCAUCCAAACAUAGAUCUUGAAGGUCAUGUUUGUUUAAACAUUUUAAGACAAGAUUGGGUACCAGUAUUAAAUAUUGGUACUGUAAUUUUUGGUUUAAUGACAUUAUUUUUAGAACCAAAUCCAAACGACCCAUUAAAUAAAGAUGCUGCUCAAUUAAUGAUUGAUAAUAAGAAGAGCUUUGAACAAAACGUUAGACAAUCGUUACGUGGUGGUUACAUUGGCAAUCGUCAAUUCCCAAAAUUAUUAUAA